GUCGAUAUAUCAAUGUUAGCGUCUGGCUGGCCUUCUGCAAUGGGUCGGGGGUCAGCUCCCCGCGACAUAAUCAUUCUUCGCGCGCGAGUCAGUGCAUCGCGGAAUCUCGAACACGCGACUACAGUUUACAGAAAUUCUUGAUCAGUCCUCCGAGCAAUUUUCGCGGCGGUUGUUCUGGCACAAGUGUAAAGAAGAUUUUACUCCAGGAUUGUUUGAGAACAUCGCCGGAGAACAUGACCGCCUUCAAUCUCAUGGAUAUUUUCGGCAUUUCGCUAUUGUUCCACUUAGGCGUUAGUUUGGUGCUGUUGUUCCUUGUGGUACCAGUGUUCCUUCUCAUUUAUCCAGGUAAUCGCUGUUGUUGAAUGUUCUUACGAUGCAAAUUAUAUACUGGUCGAAUGCUUCAAAAAUAUUGCGCUGUCAUGGUCAAAAAUGUGCUGGAUACGUUUCGUGAAAUGGAAGUACCCGAACGUGAUCGUCGAGGAGGAGAACAGCAUCGAAAUAAUCUUGGACCAUUUUCGUAAUUACGGCAUUUAUACUUUGCUGAUUCAAGGCCGCUCUGUCGCGGAAGGAAUUCGAGGACAUUUAGUGCACUUGACAUCGUCCAGAAGGUACCUACGUAUGAGCUUGUCGACGAGAUGGGGUCUUUACGUGUGGAAGGACCAGAAGGCUUUCUCGGUGGACAACCAUUUGUUAAAUUCGCCGUCCUCUUUCAGAGGUCAUCCUAUCACAGAAACUAACAUCCAGGAUUACGUGAGUUUUCUCACGUCGAAAUUCUUCCCAUUUAGGCAAUCACCGUGGCAAGUACACGUGAUAAAUUGUACCCUCGAUGGGGAGGAGUGCCAAAUCUGUCUGGUGAGGGCACACCAUCUAGUGCUACGACAAGAGCAUCUAGUUCUAGCAGACUUUCUACCAUUGCAAUACUCUAACGAAGUUUGGACGUGUCAAGAGCCAGAAUCACCGUUCACGAAUCUCUACGUUCAACCCUCCGCUUUACCAAAGCUCUAUCAGAAGCUCACAGAUAGCUUCACCAAUUACUGGAACGAGUUUCUAUAUAAUAAUGAUCCGAUCGAGCGACCAGAGAUUCUGAAGAAACAGAUCGGCACAUUUCAGUGUACCAAAAUCGCCGUGAUCGUUUUCGUUUCCUUCCUGAAGGAAGUGAUAAGACUGUACCAGAAAGGAGAAAUGUACAGGAUUUUCGAUAUUUUCUCGAUCCUCCAGAAAGAAGCAUACAAAAGAAACUUCGGACUCAUAGCUAUCUGUCGUGCGCUGUUAAAGUCACUGAAUCCCGUGGACGCUCUGUUCGACGGGGUUCUUUCAUUCUGGCGCUUGACAGUGACCGUGGCAUUGAAAAUGCCGGUAUUAUUGCUCAAGGAACUGAGAGCACUAAGGUCUCGUCACAAACAUUAUUACCCGGGCACGUUAACCGCCAUACUGUGGUACUAUAUUCCGUUGGUGUUCGAAGCCACCAUGGAAACGUUCUCUAUAAUUUCGAUCGCGAUCAAAGCACCAAAACUGAUCCUAGAACAGUUGUUUCUGACACAUCCUGAAGCCAAUCGUUUGCAGACCACCUCCCCAUGUGGCAGGAAAGUGGUAGCAUGGUCGGAGGAGAUAGAGCUUGAUGUUCUUCAAAAGAUUUCGGAUAUGACCGGAGCUACCGAGGCUGAAAUUUUGUUAACUGCUACCGUCGACGCUCUGAAACAAUAUUUUAAACAAUCCCACGUUGUGAUACCGGACCGUGUGCUCGCCACUGGAAAAUUUGUUAAACAACGAUCGGUAUUCAUGCAGAAUCACGAGGCCAGGGGUAUUCUAUGUCUUGCAUUACCUACGAGGACGCCGUUGCUCGACGAUGACCUGGUUGAAAUUUUGCAGGAGGUUCAGAGGAACGUAAGAGAAGUGAGAUCGGAACAGUCUGCGAUAUAUGCCAUUACAGCAGCUGAAAUGUCUAGUGGACUGAUUACCUCUUGUUUACCUUCCCUUUUACUGAAAGUCGUGUUAAAUCAAUUGACGAGAAGGUAUUCCCUGUCUUUGACGCAUGUAGACGGAGAUUUACACGUGCAAGGUGUCGAUGCUGUAAUGUAUUGGAGACCGCCACGAGGCAACUGCAAUAUGUCGAUCACUCUACACAGGUAUGGAAAAGCUGUGCGAAUGGGGGUGAUGGGGGACGCGUUGAUCGGUCCAGAGCACUGCGUAAUUACGAGGACAUUUCCGAAAAGCGUGAAUAAACUUGCCAGUGUGGUCGGAGUUUCCACUACUACGUAGUUUCUUGAACAAAUUUUAUGAAUAACGAUUUCUACACUGACAGUCGAAGUCAACCGUUUUCCAAUGAGGAUUUCCUCAAAUAUUAAAAAUACUUUUUUUUUAAAUAAAUUGGGUUAUAUUAUAUACAAUCUUAUAUACUGUAUCAAAAAGAUAAAAUGUGUUGACCAAUA